UGGAUCCAGGAAUGGCUUGCCUCCCUGAACUGAGGUGGACUGGAGCUGAGGCUGUGUUCUGCUCACUGCUGAUCCUCCUGCAUGUGUUCACAGCCACAGGGAUGUCAGGGUGGGGUGGUGGAUGUUUGGAUGGUCAGGAUGUCUUCACGAGGAUAACAGAAAACAGCCGUUCAGGAGAGGUCGUGGCUGAGCUCAGGGUGAAGGAGGUGGAGUGGACACUGGAGGGACAGGACGCGGGGUGGUUCUUCUUGGAUGAAAGACAUAUCCGGCUGAACGUAUCAGCUGACAGGCCUCUGGACCGAGAGGUCCUCGGUCCCCUCCUCAUGGCCAAUCUCAUAUGUUCUUACGAGGACACACUUCAAAUCGCGUACAGGAUCGCUGUGGAGAUUAUGAACGAGAAUGACAACGCACCCGUGUUUGCAGAAAACACCACUCUGUUUUUUACCAUCAGUGAGCUAACUCCUGUGAACAGUGUGGCCUUCACUGUCCAGGCGGUCGACGCAGAUAAAGACCACAUCAUUUACUCCAUCGACCAGACUUCGCCUGAUGCUGAGUAUUUCAAGGUUGACGUCCCAACCAGUGGAAAAGUCAUCCUGUCCAAACCUCUGGACUAUGAGACUAAGAAUCUGCUCACUGUGACCAUCCACGCAGUGGAAAUGAACACAGCAGAGAGUUACGAGACCACCGCCAACGUCUCCAUCCAGAUCGUGGACGCAGAUGACCAGUACCCACAGUUCUUACCCUGCUCGCUGCUUCUCCAACAUGAGACCAGUCACAUCUGCACCAGCCCUGUGUACACAGUCAAUGUAACAGAGGGGGAGGAGGACAUUGUACUGGAGUUCUCUCCUGGUCCCAUUUAUGCAGUGGAUGGAGACAGAGGAAUCAGAACUCCUGUCAGCUAUGCUAUACUCUCAGGAGACGAUGAAGGCCGUUUCCUGAUGGACAGACAGACAGGAGCGAUGAGACUGAUUCGGGGAGUCAUCGACAGAAUCCCAACUCCAAUGCUGCACCUUCAGGUCAUGGCAUACCAGGAUAAUGACCCUAGGAAAUAUGCUGUUGCCACAGUGACAGUCCGAAUUCUGGCCACAAACCUCUUUAAUCCAGAGUUUGACAGUGCAGAAUAUCAUGGAUUUGUAACAGCUGGAAAGAGCCAUGCCUCUCUGGUCAACACCUACGGUGACAAAGUGUUGAUGUUACAUGUUCAAGACCGGGAUUUUCAGCAUGGCUUCAAUCCCAUGAUGUCCUACACCUUCAGUCCCACAUCCAAUCACACAAACAUCUACCAGGUCACAGAGGAGGGGCUUCUGAUUGCCAGGACCAAUCAGCUUACACCAAAACACAAACAUGUUAUUGAGGUGAAAGCUAUAGACCAAGAGUCAGGUGAUGCUGCCUUUACGACUGUAGUGAUCGAGGUGUUGUCUGAGGGACAACCAGUUCCUCAUAGUCCAGUGAGAGAGCAGCGCCUGACAGGCUGUACUGUGGGCAAAGCCUUCUUCCUGAGCAUGGUGAUGAUGACGGUGUUUGGAUGUGUCGUUUACAUGGUGAUGUGGCUGAAGAAGAGACAAAAGGGGAAGAGGAACCCACUGGAGAGAGGCUGUGUUGCUGAGGGCAAACACCCCAACGUGAGUUUACGGUGCUUCCAACUGGUGAGUCAUGGAGGUGCUACGCCUCAAAUGGAGGUGGGAUCCUUCAACAGUGAAGAAUACGGAAGCUGCAAUCCUUCCUUAAGCUUCCCUGGUAACCCUGGUAUCCCUGGUUUCAGCACCACCCACCAGGAUCCGCCCUCCUGCCAAGGACUUGUUCCACCUAUAACCACUGCUGCACCCAACACCACCGCCAUCCCCAUGGAAGGUGUGUCCAGCCACGUCACGCUCUAUUGCUGCGAUUCCACGGCAACCAAAAGCUCUCCCACCUUCCACGUAGCCACUGUGGCUACACACGAAGAAAACCUGGACUCCUCAGCACCUAUCAUGCCCGUGGAACCUCCUGCUCCACCACCUGACACCCGUCCCAAACCAACAACUCCAAACUCACAAGCAGACCCCGUCACCAGCCCGUUCUCGUGGUCCAGUGCUAACUUAAGCCACACCCAAGUUUCUUCAGCCGAACCUUCUCACAAACCUCGUGUGAAGACGCCCCCAUGUUCACCUUUACGGUCCUCACCCCUCCCAGAGCGGGUCACUACCCCACCCCCACCCACCCCAGAGCUACCCCCUCCAGUAACACCACCUGUGACUCCACCCAGCACCUCACUGGACCACACAGACCAAUCAGAGCACAGAAGGUCGCAGAGGGUGGAGGAUGAGGAGGACAUCGGCGUUCCAGGAGCUGAAGAUGCAGACAAGGACGAUGGCGAUGAGUUGGAGUCAGACGAGGAAGAGCUGCUGAGGGUGAUGGCUCGCUGUAAUCCCAUUUUCAUCUCAUUCACUAAGUAAUGCCACUACGGACUGAGGGGAACAAGGUGGACGACGAUGGGGGGAUGAAAGACGGAGGACGGGUGACAUGUCGUCAAGCAA